AUGGUUGAUUCGAACAGCCAACAACAUCGAACUGUUGCCGGUGGUACGGAGUUACCCAACCUCAAUGAUGAUCCUGGUUCACCCUUAAAUGUUGUCCCACAUAAUCUUUCACUUCAUUUUGCAUUUAAUGAAGAUGAAGAUGCUUUGGGUGAGGGUAGAGUUUCACCAGAUCCUGAACCUAUUUCUUCAGAGAUUCCACCCUCACUUCUGAAUCAAAAUGGACCAAAUGAUGAUGAAGAUGGUGUUCAAGAUUGUACUUUUACGCAGUUGCUAUCCACAGGUGUUCAUGCGGACGAGGAAUUUUAUGUUCACCACACACCCAAUGGGACUAGAAUGUGGUGUCCUAAUGUUCCUAUUGUUUUAAACCCUGUUGUUGGUUCUGUUUAUGAAACGUGGAAGGAUGUGUUUAGUAUGUACAAGGACUAUGCUGUGUAUUCUGGGUUUUCUAUUCAUAAGGGGCAAACCAAGAGAUGGAAGGGGGUUGUCACUCACCAGUACAUAAGGUGUACUAAAUAUUCAAAACCACAGAUUAAGCGUAAAACUGAUACUUUGGAGCAUUCAAGCUUGACUAUUAGGCAAAGUAAUUUCACAGUGACAGAUUGCAAGGCUAGUAUACUGGUUAAGUUUUGUGAGGGCAGCUCUACGUGCACAGUGGUAGGGUUCAAUGAGCACCAUAAUCAUCCGUUUGUUGAGCGUUUCAAUCGUGACCUAAGUAGGGUUUCAAGGAAACUACCAUUUGCAUCCAAACAGUUUAUCCAUAACAUGAGUUUGAACAGAAUUGGUCGUUUCUCACAGAGUUUUAGUGUCCCUGAUGGGUGGACAUCACAAUAUCGUCUCAAAGAAAGAUCUGAGAGCUUACCAGACUUUUACUAUGAGUUUGUUGUUGAGAAAGGGCAAUUGAGAUCGAUUUUUUGGGCAGACGAAAUUUCCAAGAUAAACUACGACGUGUUUGGGGAGGUGUUAGCUUUUGAUGCGACUUAUCACACUAACAAGUACAACAUGAUUUUUGUUCCUUUCACAGGCGUUGAUAAUCAUAAACAAUGUGUGACAUUCGGUGCUGGCUUGUUAUUCAAUGAAACCACUGAGUCUUACAAGUGGUUACUUGAAUCAUUUCUGAAGGCACACAAGAAGCAACCAAAGUUAGUUCUGACGGACCAGGACCCUUCAAUGAAAGCUGCCAUUUCAGAGAUUGCUGGAGACCUGUUACAAAACUCUGAGCUAAGAGCAUUGAUGCAUCGUUUGGUGUGGAGUAUUCACAUGAAGCCAUCUACAUUUGAGACGCGUUGGCAACUUUUGAUGGAGGAAUAUGGGUUACAAGAUCACAAUUGGUUGAAUGACAUGUACUCAAUUAGGGACCAAUGGGUACCUGCCUACUUCCGUGACAUCCCAAUGUGUUGUCUGAUGAAGACUACAUCAAGAUGUGAAAGCUCUAACUCAAGCUUCAAGGUCAACUCUUCUAGCACUAACACACUAGUUCAGUUCAUGCUAUGUUACGAAACUAGGAUAGACAAUCAGCGUUACAGGCAACGUGUUGCAGAGUUUAAAACUUCAUCUAGUGUAUUCAUGGACAGUACUGACCUAGCUAUUGAGAAGCAUGCUUUUGAGUUGUAUACACAUGCAAUUUCCAUAGAAGUAAGAAAAGAGAUAUACAAGGGGAAGCUGUUUUGUUACAUUGUAAACACGGAGGAUUGUGAUGAUGUUUGUGUUUACUAUGUGAAUCAAUUGGACAAACGUAACAAUGCAACCAACACAUUCACGGUUAAACUUGAGUUGAGUAAUCAGUCGGUAUCCUGUUCAUGCAACAACUUCAUCCGUAUUGGAUAUCUGUGUAGGCACAUUUUUUGUGUUUACCGGGUAAACAAUAUUGAAAGAAUCCCGGCCCAGUUUGUUGUUAAGCGUUGGUCUAGGGACGUGCUUCCUAAAAGUUUAUUUUCUAUUGAGAGUCGAUAUGGCGUUGACACUCGUCCACAAGCUGCUGCGAGAAGUCAGAUUCUUGAGAUCGUAACUGAAUGUGUGGACGCAUUAAGAAGUGAUGUUGGAGGACUUUCCUCUUUCGCUAAGCAGAUAAAGGAACUGAAAUGCAAGUUACUAAAUGGAGGACCAGUUGAUGACGAAGCCAACAAUGAUAACUAUGCUGCUGUUGAAGAAUUGCUUGGUGUUUCUUUAGAUGGGGACGUAACUCUCAACAAUCCAGACGGGAUUAGGAACAAAGGACGCGGCAAACGCCGACGAUUGUCUAGAGCACCUCAGGAUGGAACGAGCAACUCUGCUGUCAAACCUCCCAAAACACCCAGGCUUUGCCGAACCUGUAUGAAGUACGUGACUGGGCAUGAUUCAAGAAAUUGCAAGAAAAAGAAGAACAAGAAUAAAUCGGGUAACGAGGACGAGGACGAGGACUCAAGCUCUGCGAGUCAGGAGUCCACUUGA